AGACACUGAGACUGAGAGAGAGAUAGAGAGGCGGAGAGAAGUCGCAAAAAGUAAGAAGAGAGAGAAGACAAGGAGAGAUCAAUACAUUUAGAUAGGGCAACAAACAGAACAUUAUCCCAUACCACGCUGAGAGAUGGCCUGCUACCCAAGCGUUGUGUUUCUGUACUGUUUCUGUGGGCUUGUUGCUGUUUGCGCACAACCAGCAGAAACAAAGAAACCAUCUAUAGAAGUACCAGAAGAUUGUCGAGAGGAAACGUACCUCUGCACUAGGAUGUAUUCUGUCCAUCAACCUACGAAGACGUGCCUCCACACUACAUGCAUUUAUGGUCUUCGUCGUGUCUAUCGAAUCAACAAGGAGCUCUGUGUGAGGACUGUGUGCCCACAGGAGGAGUUACUGAAAGCGGAAAUAUGCAGAGAGAAAUCUGGCUGGCCCAAACGACUUCAGCGGUCAACCAAAGAAAAUGAUGACUUCCUUGUAAAACCAGAACAUGGCAACCUCUGACAAACACAGAGGCAUAAGGCUGUGCAGGAUUGAUGGACAGACAACUCAUAUAAACAAACACAACCAAACAUUUGCAUAACAUGGUUUUAUUUUGAACUUCAUGUUUUUGAACUCUGUGCUUUUUAACUGGUUUUCCUUUUCUUUCAUUACUGCAUUUCUCACUACAAGCUGAGGUACUUACAGUGGGGUCCAAAAGUCUCAGUAAAUCGAAUCGAAUCGAAUCUAAUCAAAUGGUUUAUACCUUUAUUACUUUCUGCUUAAGUCGAAAUAAAGUGAAUGUAUCAAAAUUAUUGGAUUUUUAAGAUUCUACACUAUUUCUAUGUUAAAUGUUUUCUACAAAAUGUCCAAUUUUUCUCAGGUCUAAUCUCUUUUUUCUGAAGUGUGUGAUCAGACACCAGAUUGCAUGAAUCAUAAGAUUUUGUGUAAACUAACAGAUGCUCGGGACCCCACUGUGUACAUAUAUUUUUGCUAAAUAUAUCCACAUUAUUCAUGUUCUCAAUAGCUCACAACUAUAUUUUUAUUAUACUAUACUCAGUGUAAGCAAUAAUUUGAAUACUUGUAUACCAAAAAGAUUUCCUUUUAUAGCAACCAUUUCUUCUUUAAUGAUAUUAAAGCAAUAACUCAAGUCCGAA